CCAUAUCUGAUAAGAAUUCAAUAUUACUUGAAAAUCAUAUUUUGGUCCUUCAAUAUUGAAGUGUCAGGUUAGUGGUUUGAAUCGAAGGAUGGUGUGUUCUCAAAAGGUCCAAAAAUGGACCGCUUUCAGUUUAUUCGGAACCUUUUUUGUUAUUGGUUUAUGGUUGGUGUUAUUUUGGGCGGAUGUCUUCAACUCCUACCUGCGUAAGCAACUCAUACUAGGUCCAGAUACGUAUCAGUAUGAAUAUUGGAAGGAAACGCCCUUUGAUAUAAACACGGAAAUAUAUUUAUUCAACUGGACCAACAAGGAUGAAGUAGGGGACAGAAAUUUCAAACCGCAUUUCCAACAAUUGGGCCCUUACGUGUUAGCAGAAAGACACACUCGUGCAAAUGUUGUUUUCAACGAUAACAAAACUGUCAGCUUCAACAGCAUUCGGAACUGGCACUUUUUGCCUGAAAAAUCCAGUGGUUCUCUGGACGAUGUGGUUACGAUAAUGGACCCAAUAGUCCUGGCAAUGGCCAAUGUAGCCAAGGAUGAACAUUACAUCAUAAGGAGAGCCCUCCACUACUUUUUGGUCGAGUACAAAAAGACCCUAGAUGAAACCAAAACAGCUCAAGUGUUGCUGUUUGACGGGAUCAAAGAUCCAAUCAUCGACCUCAGCUCGAGGCUGAAGUUGAAGAAAUUCAAGAUUCCCUACGAUAAGUUUGGCUUCUUCUACAAUCGCAACGGUUCUGUGUACUACGAUGGAAACUUCACCAUGUGGACGGGUGAGAGUGAUGUUCAAAAAACUGGCAUCGUUACAGAAUGGAAUGGCGCAAACCACACGAAAGCUUACGAUGGAGAUUGUGGUGAUAUUGAUGGGACCACUGGGGAUGUAUGGUAUCCGGUUAAGGAUUCUUCAUCCAUUUCUAUAUUUGUUCCGGAUGUUUGCAGUUUGCUUACUUUGGAGCGCCAAGGAUCUAAAAGCGGCAAUGGUAUUGAGGGGAAUCUUUAUGUAGCAACUGAUAAGCUGCUGGAUAAUGGUAAAAAAUAUCCAGAAACUGCAUGUUUUAGCCCACGAGAAGUUUUACCUAGUGGCGUGAGGGACAUUUCAUCGUGCCAGUAUGACGCACCUGCGUUCAUUUCUCUUCCACAUUUUUACAUGGCCGAUGAUUCCUAUCGAAAAGCAGUAACCGGCAUGAAUCCUGACCCUGAAAAACACAAGAUUGAACUCAUAAUCGAACCUAAGUAUGGAUUACCAGUUGAAGCUUCCGUGGCUUUUCAAGUGAACUUCAAACUGAACCCAGUCAAAGAAAUAAGCCUAUUCGAUAAACUGCAAGAGGUGAUGGUGCCAUACCUAUGGAUCAAAGUGGCAAUAGUCAUACCGGACAAUUAUGCAUUUUUGAUCAAGGCCGCUCUGUCAGCAGCCGCCAUUGGUCAAUGGAUAGGCUACAGCCUGAUUUUCAUAUCCCUCAUUCUAUUCUUAUUCGGUGUUUAUCUAGAAUUGCAAAUGAGGAAUAUCCCAGUAUUCGGAAGAUUUCAAAAAAUCAGCUUUAGUUAGAGUUAUACAUUGUUUCGAUUGUUCGAAUUGUAUUUUUAGCUUGUAUGCGAUAUUUUCUUCUCGUGAGUUUGCUGUUUCGUUUGUUUAAGGAUGAAACUUGGAAUCUGAUUUCAAAUUGAUGAAAUCUCAGUUAUGAUAUUUCCAAUCAUGGAAUGUACCAAUUAAGUAGGAUAUUUACAAGAAAAGAUCAGAAAGU